AUGAUGGAGUGGUUUGGAAAGAGACGGCUGACAGAGACAGCUGCCGGGCCCAGCCUGCAGGCUCUGUUCGGCUGCGCUGUUUCCGUCUGCCCCAGACAGACUGCCUCGGAAGCUGCGGUGUGUUCCAACGCAGCCCGUCUGCAGAAAAGAAAGAUGGAAGCUCCAGCUGAACCUUUGGCCUCAGGACCCAGAAAGAGUAUGGAGGGAAGAGGCAACGCCGGGCUGGAUGCCACUCCAGACAUCUCAGGCCGAGCAGGGUUCUCGGUCCUGAGCUCUCUGGAAUGUGACAUGAGCCUGCCAGGGCGGCUCGGAGCAGCUCUGCCCCAGCCACGGCCUCCUCAGCCUGGACCGGCCACGCUGGCAGCUCCUCCGGGCCUGCUCGCAGCGCACGGGUGCCCCGCGGUGGCCAGAAGGCAGGCCGGCUCUCCUGCUUCCUGA